AUGGUAGUGUCAUCUGAGAUAGAUGGCUCUACUGCCGAGUCUAUGAGUGUAGAGGAUACAAAUGCGCUUCGACGUUCUUUAGGUCUUGCUCCGCUUUCUGAGACACCUGCACCUGCAGAAGAUGUAGCUGUUACCAAUUUUAAGACAUAUAUGGCUUCUAAAGCUAAAGAAGAGGAGACACGUUUAAUCCAGGAAAGAAUAAAGAUGGCACGAGAAACCCGUGAAACACAAAGACGUUUUACAGGCAAAGGGCUUGGUGAAGCAGAUGAUGAUGAUGGUGAUUUAGAUCUGCGUUCUUGGGUGAUAAAACACCGGAAGCGUGAUUUCUCUGGUGCAAAUACUAAGUCAGGCAGUUCUGAGGUUGGUGUGCUUAAAAAACAAAAAAAGACUCACGAAGUGGAAUAUACACCUGAUCAGCUUGAAGGGAUUAAGGUGUCCCAUGAUAUUGUUGAUAUAAAUGAAGGAGAAGAGAUGAUUUUGACAUUAAAAGAUAGCAAGAUUCUGGAAAAUGAUGAAUCCGGUGAUGAUGAACUAGAAAAUAUUGGUUUAGUUGAAAAAGAAAAACUUGAAAAAAAUCUGGAGAAUAAGAAAAAGCCCUCAUAUUCUGCAUAUGAUGAUGAAGAAUUUGGCCAAGAACAAAAUAAGACUAUCCUUUCUCACUAUGAUGAGAAAGUGAAAAAGGGUUUUGUGAUUGGAGAUACAUCUCAUGUUCUUCAGGAUGAAACGUGGAAGAAAAGUUUACAGGAAACGUUUUCUUUAAAUCAUGCUCCGUCAGAAAAUGUACUCUCUGAUUAUCAAGAUGCAUCUGAAAUCGUUAUUAAAAAGAAAAAAAAGAAGAAAACUAGAGUAUCAAAAGUUGAUCAUGAUCUUAUUACGAGUUCUGUUGAUGUAAAAAGUUCUACGCAAGAGAGUAAUGGCUUUAUACAAAAUAAAGAUUUUAAUUUUGACAAUGUAUCUUUUGUGGAUGAUGAUGAUUUACAAGCAUGCCUUGCUAGACAAAGAAAUGCAUCGAGGCGUAAAAAUGUUUUGCAACCUGAGAAUGUUGCUAGAAUUAUAAAACAGCGGAUAAUGGAAGAGUCAAAUGAGAAUGCUGAUAAAGAUGAUGAGAAAGGGCUUAUAAUAGAUGAAACAACGGAAUUUGUUCGAGGUAUUCAAGUUACGUCAUUGAAAACAAAAUCAAAACCAUCUGAGGACAUUAAAUACAUACAAAGUAUCGAAACUAAUGUUGAGAAUGCAGAAGAAACCUAUUUAGGUGAAACUAAAGAUCCAAAUGCAAAUUCGACUGAAUACUUGCAAAAUAUUUCAACAACAGGAAUUGAGGAUGAAGCAGAUAUUACUUCUGGUGUUGGUGUUAUUUUUAAUUUGCUUAAGCAAAAAGGUAGUCUAAGUAUUGUUGACAAACAAACUAAUGAGAAACUAUCUAUUCAACAAGCUCAACAUGAGCAUGCGCUCUUUUUGGCAGAACAAAGAAAAUUAAGGAAAAGACUUGAAGAAGAAGCCCGACAUAGAAAAGAAAUGGAUCGUUGUAAUGGAAAAUUAGAUAGAAUGACACCUCGUGAGAAAGAGUUGUACUUGCAGGCUGAAAAUCAACGUCAUGCAAUGAUAGAAGCGCGUGAGUUACAAAAGCUUUUUGCAAAUUGGACUCCGGUAGUUCAGUUAAAAUACAAUGAUGAGUUUGGAAGAGAAAUAAAAGAAAAAGAGGCAUAUAAGUUUUUAUCACAUCAAUUCCAUGGGAAAGGCUCGGGUAAGGCUAAAGUAGAUGAACGACUUAGAAGACUAGCUGAAGAGAAAAGAAGAGAGCAACAGUCUAUUUUUUCAUACAAUAAAUAA